AUGGAACGAGACCGACAUAAUUCGAUAGUCAGUUUAUUCGGAAGUAGUGGUUCACCGCCACAAUUCGACACUUCUGCAAUGGCUCAUCGAGGUAGUUCCAGUCUGACUAGUUUUGACAAUCAAUCCCUUCGGUCCUUGACGACCUUAAGCGGUAACCAAGCGACUGGUAUAUCAGCAGGACUUGAGCCAAUGGAUUCAGCCAUUUUUGACGAGUCACCUUUUGGGCCACUAAAAAACGCUCACACAAGAAAGACCUUUGCAUACUUGAUUGCCAUACUCAACAGCACCUACCCUGAUCAUGACUUCUCAGACUUACAACCGACCACAGAGAACUUCCACAAAAUUAAUUCAGCAGAAGACCUCGUUCACAAGUUCAACAAUUUAAUGAUCUCACUCGGAAAGAAAGAAGAAUUGCUAAAUUGGAUAUGGGACACAAUCAAUGUAUACAUGGAUUUCAUCUCCCCUCGAACGACGCUGGUAGCCAUUCCCGGCAGUCACAACGGCAAGGAUAGUUCGAGAAAUAAUAGUUUGAGCCAGUCAGUUCCCAAAAGUGGAGCGCAAGUGGGCAAUGAGUCUCAAUCCUACAAUUAUGAAAAUUGUCAAAUCUACGAGUUCCAACCUUCUGAUCAAGCCAUACUUGAGGACUUAUCAUACCCUUUUCAAACUAUGUGGUCCUAUUACUGGUUCAUUUACAACAAAAAGAAAAAGAGAGUCGCUUUCAUAUACUUGAAAGCUAUAAAUAAGAUUCAUUAUUCGAAAAUAAAAUCAGAAAAUAGCGGAAACAACGGACAAAAAGAAGGACCUGAUUAUGAUAAUUCUAAUGGGAUCAAAGAUGACGAAAUUGACGAAGAUGAAGAUGAAGAUCUAUACAUGAAUGAAUAUGCAAACGAUGACAUGAUCGAGUCAGAUAAUGACGACGUCAUUGGAGAUAUUGAACUUUAG